CGGGGCCCCGCCCCUUCGCCUGCGUGUCGCUCGGUGCCAAUUGCGUUCACUCUCCGCGAACAUGGCCGCGCCGGCUCGGCCCGCUGUCCGGGAGUGGGUUCGCAUUGCUCUGCUUUGUCUGUGUUGGUACGCAGUAAGCUCCGGAGGAAAUGUCAUCAACAAGGUCAUUUUGAACGGUUUCCCUCACCCGGUUACCGUGUCUCUUUUCCACAUCUUAUCCAUCGUGGUUUUCCUUCCUCCGCUGCUCCGGGCCUGGGGGGUCCCCCACAGCGAACUCUCGGGUCGUUACUAUCGCUGCUACAUUCUGCCGCUGGCCUUCGGCAAAUACUUCGCUUCAGUGUCUGCGCACUUCAGCAUCUGGAAAGUCCCGGUGUCCUACGCGCACACUGUUAAAGCCACUAUGCCAAUAUGGGUUGUGUUGCUGUCCAGAAUCAUCAUGAAAGAAAAACAGUCCAUGAAGGUCUAUUUGUCCCUGGUUCCUAUUAUUGGUGGAGUUCUGCUGGCUACAGUAACAGAGCUCUCCUUUGACAUCCAAGGUCUUAUCAGUGCUCUUGCGGCAACUCUGUGCUUCUCACUGCAAAAUAUCUUCUCCAAAAAGGUGCUACGAGACACUCGGAUACAUCACUUACGUUUGCUUAAUGUGCUUGGAUUUCAUGCUGUCCUCUUUACACUUCCAACCUGGGUGCUUGUUGACCUGUCAUCUUUCCUGGUGGAUGGUGAUGCGGGUGGCACUUCCAACUGGUACUUCACGCUGAUUCUGCUUGUAAUAAGUGGCUUUUGCAACUUUGCCCAGAAUGUGAUUGCUUUCAGCGUAUUAAACCUGAUCAGUCCUCUUAGCUACUCAGUAGCUAAUGCCACUAAACGUAUAAUGGUCAUCACUGUGUCUCUGUUGAUGUUGAGGAAUCCAGUGACUUCUACUAAUUUGUUGGGCAUGAUGACAGCCAUUCUAGGUGUUUUCCUGUACAAUAAGGCUAAGUAUGAUGCUAACCAGGAAGCAAAGAAGACAUUACUUCCCGUUUCAAAGGAUGACCUGGUAUCAUUUGAGGCCAGUGGUAACAGUUCAGUACUGGACAAACUUCAGGCCAAUGGAUCAGUGACUUUCCCUUAUGGCAGGAACAACGUACUGACAGAUCAUUUCCAGUAUGGCAGGCAGUCUGGCAGUGCAGGGUACAUGUCCAGCCAGUAUGAUGUGUAAAAUUGCACUAUGCUAGAGCAUCUGACUCUCAUCCAAAUCCUGACCCCAAUUUCUCAGUUUAUUAUUAUUUUUUUUUUUU